AUGGGCCCCCCGCGUGUCUGCGGUGCGGGCCCAACACCUUCGGCGCCUGCCCUUUUUGGGCGCGCCCCUAUCACCAGGGCCGCCCCGCACCGAUUGCGGGGCCUGCCCAUUGUGCAUGUGCACCCUCGUGCCGCCCGGAGGCUUACUAACUAGUAGGGCGGCGCCCUCGUUCACACGCGCCUGCGAAUGCGAUGCGCACUUCCUGUGAAUAAUUACAACACAAGCCAGGCUCAAGGGGCGGGCCUGAUUUAGAUUUUAUUUCUGGCCCGUUGCACCUGCCUGUUGUGCGGGCCCGAUGUUACUAGUCUGGGCCCGCUCAUUGUCUCUCUUUGGCGCGGGCCCGAAGUUCAUCUGGGCUUGUUGCCAGUAACCCGCUUACCCCCGUGUGUCUGCACGCCGGCUUUGCCGCUAUUCAUUCGCGGCUGGCCGGGUGCUGAUAAUUCGUUAUCCUUGCCCGGGGGCGAGCUCUCCUCUGACCAUGCGGUCCGUGGCCU